AGUUGUGAGAAAAUAGUUGAGCGAACAUCGUUGCCGUCUUUCGUCCUGCAAGUAAUCAAAAUAAAAAAAAAUCAAGCUUUCGGACAAAAAAAAAAACAACAGAAAAGAAUAAAAAGGAAAUUUGCUGAAAUUAAACAUACAUAUUUAACCGUAAUUGGUUUAAAUUUAUAGUGCAGAAGUUUUAAAAUAAGCCAAGAUGCAAAUCUUUGUCAAGACCUUGACUGGCAAGACCAUCACCUUGGAGGUGGAGCCCUCUGAUACCAUCGAAAACGUGAAGGCUAAGAUCCAGGACAAGGAGGGUAUUCCCCCAGAUCAGCAGCGUUUGAUUUUUGCCGGCAAGCAGCUUGAGGACGGGCGCACUUUGUCCGAUUACAACAUCCAGAAGGAGUCGACUCUUCAUUUGGUCCUCCGUCUGCGUGGUGGUAUGCAGAUCUUUGUCAAGACAUUGACUGGCAAGACCAUCACCUUGGAGGUGGAGCCCUCUGAUACCAUCGAGAACGUUAAGGCUAAGAUCCAGGACAAGGAGGGUAUUCCCCCAGAUCAGCAGCGUUUGAUCUUUGCCGGCAAGCAGCUUGAGGAUGGACGCACUUUGUCCGAUUACAACAUCCAGAAGGAGUCGACUCUACAUUUGGUCCUCCGUCUGCGUGGUGGUAUGCAGAUCUUUGUCAAGACAUUGACUGGCAAAACCAUCACCUUGGAGGUGGAGCCCUCUGAUACCAUCGAGAACGUUAAGGCUAAGAUCCAGGACAAGGAGGGUAUUCCCCCAGAUCAGCAGCGUUUGAUCUUUGCCGGCAAGCAGCUUGAGGAUGGACGCACUUUGUCCGAUUACAACAUCCAGAAGGAGUCGACUCUACAUUUGGUCCUCCGUCUGCGUGGUGGUAUGCAGAUCUUUGUCAAGACAUUGACUGGCAAAACCAUCACCUUGGAGGUGGAGCCCUCUGAUACCAUCGAGAACGUGAAGGCUAAGAUCCAGGACAAGGAGGGUAUUCCCCCAGAUCAGCAGCGUUUGAUCUUUGCCGGCAAGCAGCUUGAGGAUGGACGCACUUUGUCCGAUUACAACAUCCAGAAGGAGUCGACUCUACAUUUGGUCCUCCGUCUGCGUGGUGGUAUGCAGAUCUUUGUCAAGACAUUGACUGGCAAAACCAUCACCUUGGAGGUGGAGCCCUCUGAUACUAUCGAGAACGUUAAGGCUAAGAUCCAGGACAAGGAGGAUUCCCCAGAUCAGCAGCGUUUGAUCUUUGCCGGCAAGCAGCUUGAGGAUGGACGCACUUUGUCCGAUUACAACAUCCAGAAGGAGUCGACUCUACAUUUGGUCCUCCGUCUGCGUGGUGGUAUGCAGAUCUUUGUCAAGACAUUGACUGGCAAAACCAUCACCUUGGAGGUGGAGCCCUCUGAUACCAUCGAGAACGUUAAGGCUAAGAUCCAGGACAAGGAGGGUAUUCCCCCAGAUCAGCAGCGUUUGAUCUUUGCCGGCAAGCAGCUUGAGGAUGGACGCACUUUGUCCGAUUACAACAUCCAGAAGGAGUCGACUCUACAUUUGGUCCUCCGUCUGCGUGGUGGUAUGCAGAUCUUUGUCAAGACAUUGACUGGCAAAACCAUCACCUUGGAGGUGGAGCCCUCUGAUACCAUCGAGAACGUUAAGGCUAAGAUCCAGGACAAGGAGGGUAUUCCCCCAGAUCAGCAGCGUUUGAUCUUUGCCGGCAAGCAGCUUGAGGACGGACGCACUUUGUCCGAUUACAACAUCCAGAAGGAGUCGACUCUACAUUUGGUCCUCCGUCUGCGUGGUGGUAUGCAGAUCUUUGUCAAGACCUUGACUGGCAAGACCAUCACCUUGGAGGUGGAGCCCUCUGAUACCAUCGAGAACGUGAAGGCUAAGAUCCAGGACAAGGAGGGUAUUCCCCCAGAUCAGCAGCGUUUGAUCUUUGCCGGCAAGCAGCUUGAGGAUGGACGCACUUUGUCCGAUUACAACAUCCAAAAGGAGUCGACUCUACAUUUGGUCCUCCGUCUGCGAGGUGGUAUGCAGAUCUUUGUCAAGACAUUGACUGGCAAGACCAUCACCUUGGAGGUGGAGCCCUCUGAUACCAUCGAGAACGUUAAGGCUAAGAUCCAGGACAAGGAGGGUAUUCCCCCAGAUCAGCAGCGUUUGAUCUUUGCCGGCAAGCAGCUUGAGGAUGGACGCACUUUGUCCGAUUACAACAUCCAAAAGGAGUCGACUCUACAUUUGGUCCUCCGUCUGCGUGGUGGUAUGCAGAUCUUUGUCAAGACAUUGACUGGCAAGACCAUCACCUUGGAGGUGGAGCCCUCUGAUACCAUCGAGAAUGUUAAGGCUAAGAUCCAGGACAAGGAGGGUAUUCCCCCAGAUCAGCAGCGUUUGAUCUUUGCCGGCAAGCAGCUUGAGGACGGACGCACUUUGUCCGAUUACAACAUCCAAAAGGAGUCGACCUUGCAUUUGGUUUUGCGUCUUCGCGGUGGCGCUUUCUAGAUUUUCUCACAAAAAUAAAUAUGAAUCGAACCAUUAAUCUCUCUCAAUCUUUUUAAAAAUCAUUAAACCAUAACGAAACAAGUAUUCCUCUAUGUAAUAUCUGUGUUAAAUUGGCAAAUGUAUUAAUAUUCAAUAAAAUCUUUAAUUGGUGUGUUCAUAAUA